GCCUGCUCCUCCCCCUCCUCUCUCCCACUCAUCAGCCUGCAGGACCUGGGGGCCAAGCUGAGCUGCCCCCACUUCCCUGCUCCCCUCCCCCUUCCUGCUCCCCGACCCCCAGGCUGCUCCCACCUACAGCUCCUUGCUCCCCCAGCGCCCCACACUGACUCCUUACUGCUCCCCCACCCUUUCCUGCUCUCCCCACCCCCUACACCCUCAUUGCUUCCCCGCCCCACGCUCUGCCCCCCAUGUUCUUGGGGUGCUCCCCCCUCACCGCUCUGCCCCCCACAGGCAAUGGAGGCGCUGCUGGUGGCAGGGCUGGCAAGGCUGGUGCUGGAGGAGGACGGGACAGCAGUGGAGAGCGAGGCCUUUUUCCAGACGCUGCCCCCCGACACGGCCCUCAUGCUGCUGGGCGCCGGGCAGAGCUGGAGCCCCCCGCGGGUGAGUGAGCCCAGCCCCGCCCUCCAUCCCCCCAUCCCCCAUACAGCCCCUACAGGGGAGACCCCACAAACACACCCCAGCCCCCCACAACCCCUGCAAUGGAGACCCCCGUACGCCCCGCACAGGGGAGAUGCUGAACACACCAACCCAGUACGCCCCCUAAGGGGAGAUCCCCACGUGCUUGGCCCCCAUACACAGAGACCCCCACACACAUCCUGCCCCCCAUAUACCUCUGCAGGGGAACCCCCAAUUCCCCCUCCCCACAUAGAGAACCCCCCUACCGCCCACACAGGACGCUCCCCUCUUGCCCCCACAGGGACCCCGCCUCUGCCCCCUCCCAGUACCCCCUGCUGGCAGGGCCGUCUGCUCCGCCCCGCAACCCACAGCACCCCCAACCAGCAGGGACCGCUGCCUCCCACAAAGCCGCCCACCCCACACACCCCAGCUCCCCAUUCCCACCCCAGGACAUCCCCUGUUGGGCAAGGCAGGGGCUGCAAGAGCCUGGAGCUCCCCCCACAGGCAGCACCCCACAGCACCCCCUGCUGGGGCACCAUGCCACCUCUCACCCCCUUCUGCCCCCGCAGGGAGGUGCUGCGAGUGGUCUCGGCUGUGAUGCAGGGAAUGGGGCAGCUGCUGCUGGGAGCCUCCAGUUACAUCCGGCGCCUCCUGGAGGGGGUGGAGACCUGGCACCAGCCCGCCCGGCUCAGCCACUAUGAAGACUGAGGCCCUUGGCCUGGCCCCAUCCCUCCCCACCCCAGUGAACUCAGUGCACCCACGAUGCUGCUGCUAUUACAAUAAAAAGGCUAUUUAAGUCCA